UGCAGCUCCCCCCUCCCGGGCCUGAGGAGCCGGGACAUGUGCUGCCGGGGACUGGGAAAAGGCUGGGGCUUCACCGACUGCGUCCUCUGUCCACAAACAGGUACACAAGGCAGCGUUUACCUCCUAAAUUGCAGCUCCCCCCUCCCGGGCCUGAGGAGCCGGGACAUGUGCUGCCGGGGACUAGGAAAAGGCUGGGGCUUCACCGACUGCGUCCUCUGUCCACAAACAGCCCACAGCGUGAUUUCGGAGGAGAAGGGCCAGUGCUACCGGGUCCUGGAGGCGGGCCAGGGCCCGUCCUCCUGCUCCAUGCCCAUCCCCAGAAACAUCACCCGCCAGAUCUGCUGCUGCAGCCGCGUGGGCAAAGCCUGGGGGGCCCACUGCCAGCGCUGCCCCUACUUCGGCUCAGGUGGGUACUCCGGUUCCCCCCUGUUCUCAACGUUCAGGACCGAUGCCCGGGGCCUAACGCCUGUCUCCUCUCCAGUGGCCUUUAAGGAGAUCUGCCCGGCCGGUCCUGGUUACCACUACACGGCCUCCACCCUGCAGUUCAGCCAGAGGGUCCCCGAGCAGCCGGACAGCAAAGGUACCCCGACUUAUGAGGGCCAGAAGGUUCUGGGUCCAGGUCCCGGGUCCAGUGAGGGGGGACCUCCCAGGACCUCCGGAACCACCUCAGCCGGUCCCGCCGGUACCAGACCCGGACCCCCACAGAGCAGAACCCCCACCCACCAGAACCGGCCCGACGUGGACGAGUGUGCGCGGUCUCCAGGUGUGUGUUCGGUCGGGGAGUGUGUGAACACACCUGGCAGCUACAGGUGUGUGUGUCCACCCGGGUUCACGAGCAACAGCCAGCAGAACGGUUGCCACGACGUGGAUGAGUGUCAGCAGGAGCCCUGCUCAGACGGUCGCUGUGACAACACGCCGGGCAGCUUCAGGUGUGUCUGUCGCCAUGGUUACAAGCUGGUUGGCAACACCUGCACAGGUGUAUCUCUGGUAUAUCUGACAGAUGUGGACGAGUGUGUGGACCCUCUGCGCUGUCCCGGUCAGGAGUGCCUGAACACGGCCGGAUCCUUCCGCUGCGCGUCCUGUCGCCCGGGUUACGGGCUGCUGCACGGCCUCUGCACAGGUGGGUCCGCCAGAGGUCAGCCAGAGCUGACCUCUGGCGGACCCACCUGUGCAGAGGCCGUGCAGCAGCCCGUAACCCGGGCGACAGGACGCGCAGCGGAAGGAUCCGGCCGUGUUCAGGCACUCCUGACCGGGACAGCGCAGAGGGUCCACACACUCGUCCACAUCUGUCAGAUAUACCAGAGAUACACCUGA